UGUAUUUGUGGGUCAGUGGAACUAAGUUUACGUCAUUGUGUGUUAGUGAACAUCGGACGUAGGACAUAGGCCUGUAGUAUCAGGAUGUGUUCUUCGUAUGCACUUUAUGCCUUACUCUAAAGAAAAGAAAUAGAUCUAUAGUCUAGAUAUCUAUUAGAUCUACUAGUAGAAGCCUAAUCUCACAUUUUCGUUAGAUAACGUUUAAGAAUUUUAUGAGUGUGAUUGUUUAGAGUCAAUUUCACAGAAGAAAAAUGUCAGAGGAAAGGAUAAUACGCGUAGGAACUAGAAAAAGCCAGCUAGCCCUCAUCCAGACCAAUAAUGUUAUACAGAUGCUUCGAUCACUGGAUCCAACACUCAAGUUUGAAACUUUGCCUAUGACAACAACAGGGGACAGAAUUCUUGACUCUGCUCUCUCAAAGAUAGGAGAAAAAUCUCUGUUUACCAAAGAGUUGGAGAGUGCACUCAUAAAGAAACAAGUGGAUUUCGUUGUCCAUUCUUUGAAAGAUUUGCCCACAACAUUGCCUGAUGGACUGGUAAUUGGAUGUGUCUGCAAGAGAGAUAAUCCAUUCGAUGCAAUAGUUCUUCAUCCAAAGCAUCAAGGGAAAACUCUGCAGGACCUCCCAGCUGGAAGUGUCAUUGGUACCAGUUCUUUAAGACGAGCUGCGCAAGUACAAAGGAUAUACCCACAGUACAAAAUUGAGAAUAUUAGAGGAAACUUAAACACCAGGUUUAAGAAACUAUCAGAGGAAAAUGUUUAUGACGCUAUUAUCUUGGCAGUUGCAGGUCUGGAGAGAAUGGGUUGGCAUCAGUGCAUUUCUCAGUGUGGGCGAUUGCAGGUUCUCACACCAGAUGAAUGCAUGUAUGCUGUUUCACAAGGAGCCAUGGCAGUGGAGUGCCGUGCUGAUGAUGAAGCCACACUACAACUCCUGAACAGGAUCCAUGACCACACUUCUACCAUUGCUUGCACCGCAGAAAGAGCCUACCUCAGGAAACUGGAAGGAGGCUGCAGUGUCCCAGUCUCUGUGUUCACAGAAAUUUCUGAUAACCAGAUGAGGAUAAGAGGUGGAGUGUUUAGUAUUGACGGCAGUCAAGUUGUUCAGCAUACAGAAGUUGUUAAUUUGUUGUUCCCAGAAGUUCCAAUUCCAUCCCAGAAUGCUUUUGUGGGCAUCCACUGCCAAACACCCAGUAAGAAAAAUGAAUACACCUCUGCCUGGGCGGCUGGGGAGAGGCUAGCUGACGUUAUGGUGAAGCAGGGUGCUGAUGUUAUUUUGGCUAAGGCUAAGGCCACCUCCAAGGAGGAGAUCAUCAAAGAGCAUGAAAUGAAAAUGAAAAAGCAGGAGGCUGCAUCAAGCCUGAACAUCGGUGGAAUCAACUAAAAAUAUUUUAUAAAUGGUGUGGGUUUUUAGCCAUUCUUCUCAUGGUGUGUUUUUGAAUGAAUCAAAAAUUAUUUAUAUGGAAUUACAAAUCUGCAUUUUAUUGAAAACAUUAUUGAAAGCAGUCAAAUAGCCUGCUGACAUGUAAAAUGCAUUUAAAAUGAAAACUGCAAUUACGUCAAGUUGCAUGUUUUGUGUUAGUUUGACAUUUGCUUGAGAAACGGCAAAAAUAACAGUUCAAGAUCUAUAAUUGUUUUGUAGAAUUUAUAUAAGGGCUCGAUUUCUGACAAGUUUUUCUUUAAUUCUUUAAGAAGUAAAUAUUUUAUUCUAUAAUGAGGUAACAUUAGUUUAACACUAUGUUAAUAUAUGUGAUUAAAGUAGGACCAAUGUUAAUACUUUGAUCUGGAUGGUUCUGUCUUAGAUGUGAUAUGAAAUAAACAGAGUUGCAUAAUUCUGUUUGAAAAAAAGUCUUAUAAAUGCUACUUAGUGCUAAGUAAAAAGUAUAACCAAUUUGGCAGGGUCUUUUUGCCUUGUACGUUUUAGACUUUGUGAUGUUGUAUGUGUGCAUAUAAUGUUGGUUUUGUGAUUUUUGUAUGUAUGGUAUAUUGUUGAUUUAAAAUGUGAAUUGAAACUUUCACAAGGUAAAUAGUGAAACCUGAUAUUAAAGAGAAACUUAGAGAAUUUUACUUCAGAUCAAGAUGAUGUUUCCAAACUGAAUCUUUCAGACAAGAAAUCCUUAUUUUUGUGUGUUGGUGGGGAAAAUAUAAAAGAAUUCAGUUAGAAGUUGUGAAGAAAUCAGCACAGGACAGUGUCAAUAACUUUAUUUGAUAUCUUACUCUUGUAGUUGACAUACUCUGUUAUAACCUAGUUCCCAGGACUCAGUACAACUUGAAUUUAUUUGUGCUCAUAUAAAACAAAAUUGCCUAACUUCAGCAUAAAACAAUUAACUGUUCACAUCAUCAAAGCUCACAAUUCUUAACUUCUUGUGUACCUCUCAACACUUAUUGAUAAUAUAUUUGAACUAACUAUUUCUUCUGUCUGGCUCUUUACCUUUUGCUGUAAACCAUUCUGUAAGUCUGCAUAAGAAAACAUCCAUUAAAUGAAGAGAUGGUGAUGGGCAUACUGUGCAUUUCUUGUAGUUUAGACUUGAGUAACUGUAAUAGAUAUGUUACAUCAACUUAUUGCACAUGACUACUCAAAGUAGAGGAAAACAAUAACAGAAUGUAUCAUUGCAUUCUGUAAAUCAAAUCUUUAGGCUAUUUAUUGAAUUUUUAAACAGUUCAUUCUUCCUUGGUAGUGAGGAAAGGAGAACCACCACAAAAUAUUACUAACAUUAACAAAAUUGGUCGUUUCAAAAGAAAUAAUAAAAAAAUUAAUUAUAAUUUAAAAUUUUCAGAAAAUAACAGUGACAUAAAGUUGAGUUUUUUCUUUAAUAUUUGACUUAUGAAUUUUCUUAAAUUAAUUUUUUUUCUUUUUAAAAUGAUUUAUCAGAUAAAAAUAUUUUUUUACUUUGCCUUGUUUAAAUGAUGUAUGCAUUUGAAUACAAUUUAAUUUCUUAUACAGCAUGUUCAUUUCUAUAUGUUUGCAUGAGACCUUUACCUCUUUUUUUUUAAUUUUGAUUAUUGCCUUGGUUUAGGAGGAAACAAAAAGAUCAUUUUGUUCUAGUUUACAGUUUAUUGAAACUAAUACAUAAAAAAAAAUAAUUCUUUUAUUUUCUUGUUUUAAUUAUCUUUUUUGACACAAGUAUGACAUUGAAAUAUUUUCAGGAAAAUGAUGCUGAUAUUGGACACUAUAGCAUUCAUUGAAUUGACGCUCUGACUUAAGUUUGCAGAUGCCUUUGUGAUAUUUUUUGCCUUAAUAUUUUCUUUGUUAUUCACAUGCAUCCUCAACAAUUUAAUUUGAUAAUACAGAAGAAGGGUGCUGUGGUGACAUUAUUUGUGCAGAAAUGUUUUCUCUAAAUACAUUCUCUAAUAAACUUUAUUAACUGGGUCAUAUUUUGAAAUGAGAAGAAAAAUCUUCAAUGAUAUUUUCAAAGGUUAAAACAGAAAUGGCAAGGUAAAAAAGUUUCUUGCUUCAUGACUUAAAAGUAAAUGUGAUGACCAUGACCUUAUAUUACUGCCAAAUAUAUAUAUAUAUUUUUUCUGUUUAAUUGCAUCUCACUGAAACUUUGUAAUCAGAAACCCAGUUUACUAGUUUGAAACAAAUGUAAUAUUCUGUAUGUAAAUAAUUGAAUCCCUGAUAGAAUCCAUGAAAUCUCCUUUUAAGUAAACCCAUUGAUCUGUUGCUGUUUUUUUUUUUUUUUUUUUUGUUAAUCUAUAUGUCAUUUUGCUUAAGUUAUUCUUUAGAAACAAAAAAAUAUUUCUGCCAUACCACAAUAAUAUUGGCCAAUUAUAAAUUAGUGUUUCAUUUAAAAUAAAAUGUGACACUAUGUUAUACCUUGCAAAUAUGCCUUUAUGUAAUAUUUUUAGUCUGACAUUCUGCAUGUACCGGUACCUACUCUGGUUGGAUUUUGUUAUAUUAUAUAUAUAGUUUAAAGUCCAACUAUUCAGCUUUAGUGUUUCUCUUUCUGACAUAGAUAACAUUUGUUAUAAAAGGUAAAGUCUGUUAAAAAAUGUGUGUUGAUCAAACCACAAAUAAUGUUCAAUGAUAGGGGCAAUGAUAGUUUUUAUUCAUUAAGUGGCUUAAAUGUUUUUUUCACAACUAGAAUUAAUUUGAGAACAAUAACUUAAAUUUCUCAUUUAUUAAAGUGCCAAAAUCUGGCCAAAUUGUGAAUGUAUUCAUCUUCAAUUAGACUUGUCUAGUGAUUUGUCUGUUUUUUGUGUCCAGAACAAUUGUAAUGUCAUAAAUCAUCCAAUUCAAAUAAAUUUUCAAAUUGAA